AAAUUAAUAAAUAAAAAUAUUUUAUAAGAAAUAGUAGUCGUAGUAGUCGUUUGAAGGAUAGAGAAGCAUCUUGAACAUGGCAACUAUAUCUUCUAAAGCAGCUUUGAAAAGAGUUUUACUUCAAGCAUGUCUUAACUCAUCAAAAUGUACCACAGUACCUGCUAAAACGAUAGCAACUCUGUGUCCAGAAGAUGGAGUGUUCACAGGACCAUCUAUGAAAACCGAAGUUCCUGGGCCGAAAUCCAAGGAAAAAAUCGCCGCACUUUCAAAGUACAAGAGAACUGAGCAGAUGCACAUGAUUGGAGAUUUUGAAAAAAGCAAAGGAAAUUAUUUCGUUGACGUGGAUGGCAACGUUUACCUGGAUGUGUUCCAACAAAUAUCAUCUUUGCCUUUAGGAUACAAUCAUCAUGCGCUUGCAGAGACAGCGAAAAGUCCUGCAGUUCAGAAUGGACUUUUGAAUCGAUCUGCACAAGGCUUUUGCCCCGAUAAAGACAUGUUAGAAAGAAUGGAGAAUACUUUAAUGAAGGUAGCGCCUAAAGGCACCAUAGCACAACAGAUGAUGUGUGGCUCAUGUGCAAAUGAAAACGCGCUUAAGGCCGCCUUUAUGAGAUACAACGCUAUUCGACGAGGAUGUUAUGAACCCACUGAAUUAGAACUGGAAACUUGCAUGCAGGGCAAAGGUCCAGGAUCUCCUGAAGACUUAUGCAUAUUGUCUUUUACCUCAGGAUUUCAUGGACGCACCUUAGGCACUCUAGCUGUCUCUCACUCCAAAGCACUUCACAAGUUUGAUAUGCCUGCUUGGCCCUGGCCUGUUGCACCGUUUCCUAAGUUGAAGUAUCCGCUAGAAGAGCAUGUGGAAGAAAAUCAAGAAGAAGAAAUGAGAUGUCUUGAUCAAAUGAAUCGAGUUAUAAAAGAAUCCAACGAAAGAGGACUGUAUGUAGCAGGAGUUAUAGUUGAGCCACUCCAAUCUGAAGGAGGCGACAAUCAUGCAAGCGCUAAUUUUUUUGCUGGCGUACAAGCUAUCGCGAAACAGUACAAUGCUGCAUUCAUCGUGGACGAAGUACAAACUGGUGGUGGUUGCAGUGGGAAGUGGUGGAUGCAUGAAACGUGGAAUCUCCCUUCACCUCCUGACAUGGUAACAUUCGCAAAGAAAAUGCUCAUUGGUGGAUUUUACUUCUCCGAAGAAUUUAUGCCAAAACAUACUAUGAGGAUAUUUAACACCUGGAUAGGAGAUCCGGUACGCGCCGCCAUGUUGGAAACCGUAAUAAAUGUGGUGGAGAGUGAUGGCUUAUUACAAAGGACACAAAAAUCAGGGGCAGCUAUCCUGCAAAAUUUAUAUGAGCUACAGAAACUUUACCCUGAUCUUAUCUUCGAUGCAAGAGGUGUUGGUAACUUGUGUGCAGUUUCAUGCGAAAACACAGAGAUUAGAAACAAUCUAGUGGCGCAUCUUCGUGGUCUAGGUUUACAAAUCCAUGGUUGUGGUGAUUUUGCAGUGCGUUUCCGUCCAGCAUUAAUUUUUACUGAAAAACAUGCUGCAUUGAGCGCAGACAUCUUUGAUACAGCGUUAUCGACACUACGGCAAAAAAUGCGCUCAAAGGUCUAAAUUAUCAAAAUUUAGGGUUAUUAUCUUAUGUAAAUUUUAUUUUUCUCUUAUAUUUCAUUAUAUGUUUUAUAAUUUUAUUAUUAAGCAAAUAAUUUAAAUAUUUUAAAAUUGAAAUAAUUUAACCUACGAAUAACGGCAAAAUCGUUCUGUAGUUCAUUUUCAUGAGUUCAUAAUCUACACAGCGAGUAGGAUGGAGCGUUUUACUACUAUUGUUACAGCACGUCCAUAUUUAGAAAUAAUAAUUACAACUUCCACCUUUUUCUUUUGUGAAAAUAACUUUUAUGCUGAAAUAAAUAUAUAUAUAUUUGUAACCAUGUAUGUUCUUUGUAAAUACUUUGUAUAUGUGGCUAACUGUUAUUUUAGUAUUAUAUGUAUACAUUCAUAAA